CUUCCUUUUCUCAUUUCCAGCCCCGGGAGGGUACUGAGAGCUGCCACUCAGCCUUGCUUUGCCUGAUGACCCAAGCGAGCGCCUUCACCUUCCAGGAUGGCAUUCUUUGAUGCAGAGCACGUCUGGUCUGGGCCGGUGAUCCAGCUCCUCGGAGCCAUCAGCAGCAGCCAGCCAGGGGGACAGAUGGAAGCUCUGGAGGACUGGGCAGAGGUCAGCCCAGCCGGGAGGAAGAGAAAAAGGCUCACGACGCCUCACCCUGCCAGUUUUCAGUGUGACCCUCCAGCAGCUGAGACUGUGGAGCCUCUUCAGCAGAGGGCACAGGACCCAGGUGAACAGGAAGCGCUGCCUCUGGGUGUUGAAGUGCGAUCCACCGUGGUCCGUGCCAUGCAGGAGGUGCUGUGGACUCGUGUCCAGGAGCUUCCCGGCCUGCUGCUGAGAGAAGAAGACGUAGCGGGGAUUGCAGAGGGCAUCGAGGCAGCCCUCUUCCACCUCACCCAAGACACCAACAUCCGCUACAAGACCAAGUACCGCAGCCUCCUCUUCAACCUGAGAGAUCCCCGAAACUCCGACCUGUUUCUCAAAGUGGCUCACUGUGAUGUCACCCCCCAUGACCUGGUACAGAUGAGCUCAAUCCAGCUGGCCCCCAAGGAGCUGUCCCGCUGGCGGGACCAGGAGGAGAAAAGGGGCCUGGAUAUCAUUGAGCAACACCAGAAGGAGCUGUACCGACUCCCUGCCUCCAAGCUGACUCACAAGGGUGAAAUUGAGAUCCCUCGGGACUCAGACCAGAUGCUGACCCUGGAGGACCUAAUGGAACCCAUGAUGCCCAGAGAGUGCAGCCCACGGGCUCUGAGGACGCCCCUGGAGGACACCACAGAUCAGCAUCAGCACCACUUCUGGGACACCAACUGCGCCAUCUGCAAGGGUGGGAAGGAAGGUGGGAAGGAAGUCAGCAGUAACCAGCCGGAGCCGGAUGCAGGCAGCAGCCACAGCAUGGGUCGGGAAUCCUCAACUGAACUGCCAGGCUUCCCCGGGGCCAUGAGGGACACGGAGGAAAAUGUCAUCCAGAAAGCCCCAAGUCCAGCUCUUGUGUCCUCUCCAGAGAUGCUCAAAGCUGGGGAGACACCUCCCAAAGAACCGCAGGAGAGGCUCCAGGUGCCCCCUGGGCCCAGAGGUACCCUGCUAAGCCCUCCACCCUGGGAGGGCUCGCUAGACAUGUUUUCCAUCAAGCAUUUCCGGGCCAAGGCACAGCUGAUCUCAGGGCACAGCUGCCAGCUCGUCCAGGCUCUGCCACAGGUCAUUCGUUCAGCCGGCUGCCUCCCUCCCAACAAAGUCUGGGAUCUUCUAGACCUCGUGUGCCCAGCCAGGGCAAAGGACAUCUGCGCUGUCAGACUCUGUCCCCACGGGUCUCGGGACAUCCACAACUGCCGGCUGCUCUACUCCUACCUCAACAACAAGCAGUGCCACUGCCUGGCGUCUGUGGAACCCGUGAGGAUGGUCGUGCUGCCCCUACCGGCCUUCCAGCCUCUGCCUGCCAGACUGCGCCCUCUGGGGGGCCCAGGACUUGAAGCUACUCACACAAGCCUGUUGCUGGCUGUGCUGUUCCCUAAGGAUGGGAUUCCAGACGAAGCUAUGUCCAUCCGCGUGUGGAAGAAGGUUCCAAAGACUGUCUCUUUCAGCAAGAAAGUGGAGAUGAGACACUACCAGCCAGAGGACAGGAGGUCAGAGGCCACCCUGAAAGGAUCAUCUCCCCAUGAGGAGGCCCCAAAGCAGAGCUUGGCCAAGGGCAACCCGCCUCCCAGGAGUGUUUGUGCUCCCCAGGGCCUCCCCCGAGGCAGGGGGAGACAAGAACCUGGGUGGGGACAGUGGUUCCCAGAAGCAGGCUGGUGCCACCCCCAGCACUCCAGUCCAGCAGGACCAAUUUUCACUGGCAGUGGCCGUGGACAGCACCUCCAUAGGGCCUCCUGUUUGCACCAAGACCUACUCCAGCACCUCAGGGUCUUAGUGUCUAUGACUCAACAGUUCCAGGCCUCACUGUGGCCCUCUGGCCAGGAGCCACUCCUCCCAUCCUCUGCAGGAUCUGCAGUUACAGAUCCUGGGCCAGUCCCAGACCCUCCUUUGGGGUCUGUGGAUGGAGGUGGCUCUGAUUGUCCCCUGCCAGAGAGGCCUAACCCUUCAGACGCCCUGGAACAGGAGUGUUGAUUCCCUUAACCAAUGUUGAACCAGAGGAAAGGCAAGUCAGCUCUCCCGCACCUGCCCAGUCUGUGUCUGUUCUGCAGUCGGUUUGAUGUUGAUUUUUGGUUCAAGAAAAAC